UGAACGAAUAACGAUAGAAAACUGAUAUAAUUGUGAUUCUCUGGUGAUUAAAGAAGAAGGAAGAUUAAUAUGAAGCGCGGGUGGUGGAGCGCCAGAAAGGAGUUGGUGAGCAGGAAGGAGAUUCAGUGCAGAAAUAAUUCUCCACUUGAUUCUCAAGGAGCUUCAGAGGAAAGUGAUGGUGAAAUUCUUGUUAAAAAAACAAGAGAAGGGGAUUUGCAAAUUCAUGAAGAGGAGGACGUGGCGUUACCAUUACUUUUCAAAAAAACUGAGGACAUAAUCGAUUCUUCAGCUACCUUGACUGAUAUUGAAUUAGGUGACCGUGACCCACAUGAUUCCACAAUAUCAACUGAGGUACACAAAUUCCCUCAAAAAAAUUAUGUCUUUACGAUUGGAUCUUCAUCAGCAACUGAAUCAAUCGUAUCUUUGUCUGACAAAGAGAAUAACGCACAAAUAAUGCGUCGAGCAAAUGAUAGGAGUCCGUUUGAGCAAGAGCAGCAAGAGCAAGAGAUUUCAAAAAGAGCCAACACUGAGGAAAUGCCAGACAAAGCGAGACAUUUUCAUUCUGAAUCUUCAACGAAAAAUGAUUUAUCGAAGAUGAUCCAAUCUACAGAAAAAAUAACUCUAAAAAGAGCUUUAAAUACGACAGCAACUGAUUCUUCGCCAGGUCGCCAGUACCUUCGAUAUGAAAAAUUAAAAUUUAUGAGGAGAUAUGUACCAGGUCUACAAAAAAGAUGUGCUGGUUUCCGUGAGAAGUCAAAAAGACAGGCGCAAAAAAUUAAAAAGUUAUCUGAUUUCGUUGAAGCUCUUUCAAAGAAAAGUAUUCUCAGUGUCGAAGAAGCAUUGAGGCUAACAGCUCUACCGAAGGCCGUCGAGAAUGCAGUAAGGAGGCUCCUCUCACGAAAAAAGAAGUCCUACACUGAUGAAGAAAAAAAUUCGCCCUCACACUCAAUUUUUAUUCACCGAAAGCGUAUGAUUACGCUAGGGCUGAGUGGGGAUUUGCGCUGCCCAGUCCAUCAACCAUUUCCAGAUGGUACAAAGUUGUUGAUGUAAAACCAGGUUUUACAAAGGAGGCAUUUGAUGCAAUUAAAAAAGCACAAGAGGCAAAUCCUUAUCAAUUGUGCGUACAGUUAUCGUAUGAUGAAAUGUCUAUUGCGCAGGGGACAACCUGGAAAGGUGAACAAGCAAGCGGAUACAUUGAUUUCGGAGAUGAAGAAGAACACAAUGGAAAACUGGCUCAAGAAGUACUAGUGUUUAUGGCUGUGGCCAUCAAUGCAAAAUGGAAGAUUGCCCUUGGCUUUUUCCCCAUCGUUAAAGCAAAUGCCUCUCAAAAAGCAAAUUUGGUCAGGAUUUGUGUCCGAAAUUUGUUGGAAUGCAAUGUUAAAGUCCUUGGUGUUACCUGUGAUGGAACUUUAGUGAAUCGUGCGACUUUUACAGAACUUGGUUGUGAUCUGAGCCC